CGUCUACCGACCAACAGCUUAGUGUAGUAGGAAAUUAAACAAAACGAAAGUUGUCCCUUUUUGAAGAAAUACGAGACAAUCAUGAGCUAAAUAAUAUCCAAUCUAUUCGUUCAUAACGUUUUUUUUUUUCUGUUGUUCCUUUCAAGCAAAAUACUGAUUUACUACAACAACAACAACCUUCAGAACCUCAAUUCCAUCUUUCCUUACGGCACGCGUUUUUACGACUUGUACACGCGUAAAUAUACGCGAAUACUUGUCAAUCACGCAUAUCUGUCUCUUUUAAACCUCUCUCUCCCUCUGAACUGGUUUUUCUGUUUUCAUUACACGUUUUUUUAAUACCAUUAUGUCCAGCCAACAACCUUCGGAUUCAGGAGGCAUGGGAACACCAAAUCGUUCCAGUCAGCCCUUAAGGUCGGAAAACAUGUCUUCUCCACUGUUUUUUCCUGGUUCAUCACCAUCUGUUGCACCCCAAGCAACUCCUCGCUCACGAGGUCCUUCUAAUCUUCUGUCCUCUCCGUUGUUAUACGAAUCCAGUUCGCCCGGUUCUAGUGCACCCCAAAAUAGUCGUAACUUGCUUCAAUCGCAACACACCGACCUACUAGCAAAUAGUAGCCUGAAUGCCACCCCUCGCUCCAUCCGGCGCGGUGAUAUUCAUCCAGGCUCUCUGUUUUCGACACCGAGACAUCGACAUGAAAUUGACCCUUCAAGACCUAUACCAAGCACGCCCAAUGCGUUGUUUCUGGGGUCCGAUACAUUGACGUACAGUCAAACAGGUCCCAGUAGCGACAUUCCGGAGGCUACUGUUCGUGUCAUUUGGGGCACAAAUGUUUCUAUUCAAGAGAGUAUGUCUUCGUUCCGGGGUUUCCUUCGUGGAUUCAAAAAAAAGUACCGUCCCUCUUACCGUAACCAAACCAUGCUGCCUCCUGAUGCAGAGCAAGUUGUUUACGUUGAAUUAAUGCGUAAUAUGCGCAUUAUGGGAUUGGAUAUUCUCAACCUUGAUGUGCAAGAUUUAAAACAUUUCCCACCGACUAAAAAGCUGUUUCACCAACUGCAUUCAUACCCACAAGAAAUUAUUCCCAUUAUGGAUCAGACUAUUAAGGAUGUCAUGUUUGAUCUGUUGGGUCCCAACCCACCGGAGGACCUGGUGAAUGACAUUGAGUUAAAGGUGUACAAGGUCCGGCCAUUCAAUUUGGAGAAAACAAUCAACAUGCGUGAUCUUAAUCCGGGUGACAUUGACAAACUCAUUUGUAUUAAGGGUCUUGUGUUGCGUACGACUCCCAUUAUCCCAGAUAUGAAACAGGCGUUCUUCCGCUGCUCUGUGUGUCAUCACACUGUUACUGUCGACAUUGAUCGUGGUCGUAUUGCCGAGCCAACAAAAUGUCCUCGUGAAAUUUGUGGCUCGACAAAUUCCAUGCAACUGAUUCACAAUCGUUCCGAGUUCGCGGAUAAGCAAAUCAUUAAAUUGCAGGAGACACCAGAUAUGGUCCCUGAUGGCCAAACUCCGCACUCUGUAAACCUUUGUGUGUAUGAUGAGCUUGUUGAUUCGGCUCGAGCUGGUGAUUCCAUAGAAGUUACUGGUAUCUUUCGCUGCGUUCCCGUCCGCAUAAACCCUCGAGUUCGUACUGUUCGUUCUCUAUUCCGCACGUAUCUUGAUGUCGUACAUAUUAAAAAACAAGACAAGCAUCGUCUUGGCACUGAUCCUUCCACUUUAGAAAACGAACUUGCUGAAGACAGCGCUAUGCAAGUUGACCAAGUUCGUGUCAUAUCCGAGGAAGAAGCAGAAAAAAUUAGAGAGGUAUCGCAGCGCGAAGACGUGUUCGAAUUACUCGCUCGAUCUCUUGCACCAAGUAUUUACGAAUUGGAAGAUGCGAAGAAAGGCAUCCUCCUGCAGCUCUUUGGUGGCACAAACAAAACUUUCAAAAAAGGUGCUGGUCCCCGUUAUAGAGGAGAUAUCAACAUUUUAAUGUGCGGUGAUCCUUCAACAGCCAAAUCGCAAAUUUUGCAAUACGUUCACAAAAUUGCUCCCCGAGGCGUGUACACUAGUGGUAAGGGUUCUUCAGCUGUCGGUUUAACAGCUUACAUCACUCGUGACCAGGACACAAAACAGCUCGUUUUGGAAAGUGGUGCUUUAGUUUUGUCCGAUGGCGGUGUUUGUUGCAUUGAUGAGUUUGACAAAAUGUCAGAUGCAACUCGUUCUAUCUUGCAUGAAGUGAUGGAGCAACAGACGGUAACCGUCGCAAAAGCUGGUAUCAUUACUACCUUAAAUGCACGCACAUCCAUUCUGGCUAGUGCCAACCCAAUCGGCAGUCGUUAUAAUCCUGAACUGCCUGUAACAAAAAACAUCGACUUACCUCCUACCCUUGUUUCUCGUUUUGACUUGAUUUAUCUAAUGUUGGACCGAGUGGAUGAGGCAACCGAUAUGAAGCUGGCUGAUCAUAUUGUAAGUAUGUACAUGGAAGAUGCACCUGUACAUGUGAGCAGCAAAGAAGUGCUUCCGCUUGAGUUUUUGACAAGCUACAUUACGUAUGCAAGAGCGAACGUUCACCCUGUUAUCUCCGAAGCCGCUGCUGAUGAGCUCGUCCGGGCAUAUGUUGAGAUGCGUAAAAUGGGUGAGGAUGUUCGUGCCGCUGAACGGAGAGUCACGGCCACGACGCGUCAGCUGGAAUCAAUGAUUCGGCUUUCAGAAGCGCAUGCGAAAUUGCACUUACGACAAACUGUUGAUCUGGAGGAUGUACUGGAAGCAACUCGUCUCAUUCGCUCCGCCAUUAAGGAUUACGCUACCGAUCCAACAACAGGUAAGAUCUCAUUAGAUUUGCUGUAUGCAAACGAACGUGAGGCGCUGGUACCUGAAGACAUGGUGCGAGAACUUGACAGUCUGGUUUCACGGCUGACGGUGGGCGGUAAUACGAUUUUGGCAAGUAAUCUGCUUGCCAAAUUCCGUGAACAAAGCUCCACGCACGUAGAUGCUGCCGAAUUUGAAGCCUGUUUGGCAGCUCUUGACAAAAAAGGAAAAGUGAAGGUGAUCAACAGCGCCGGUCACCGGAUUGUACGACCUAUUGCUCAAAUUGAGUAAGAGGGGGAUCAAAGGAAAAGACGGGGAAGAGAGGUGAGCGUAAGUGCUUUCGGAUGUGCACUACAAUUGAAUGCAUUUCUUGAGACGCCUCCGCUUGGUAUGCAGCAGCAGCAGCACCUCUCCCUUUCCUCUCCCUCCACGAUUUCAAGUUACGACACACUUCACUUUUACACCCUACUACUAUUUAGCUUACUUUUUCCUUUAUGCUUUCAUUCUUUCAAUAUUCAUGUUCGCGUUUUAUACAAACCAUUGCACUGCGUAAGCAUUCGUA